UGACGGUGACAAAAGCCAGGCAGAGCAAGCUGGGGAAGAAGGGUCAAAGAAACAGAUCCCAAGCGGAUCAGAAGAUCCCGAAUGAGCCUGUGAAGAAACCCGACAAACGUCGCGAGAAGACGCCGCCGGAACAGGAACCCGCCGAAGAUCUAAAAGGUUGUCUAGGACAGGUGGAGGAGAAGUUGGACACUCUGACGUUGGAUCAAGAGGCGGACGAGAGCGUGGACGUGGCUCAGAGCGGGCUCUGGCUUUACCGCGAGAUGCACGACCGGCUUUUCGACCACCAGAAGGACGGCGUCGCGUUCUUGUACCGCCUCUACCGUGAAGGACGCAAGGGGGGCAUUUUAGCCGACGACAUGGGCUUGGGGAAAACCAUCCAAAUCAUCGCUUUUCUUUCGGGGAUGUUCGAUGCCCAACUGGUCCGUUCCGUCUUGUUGGUUAUGCCGGUGACGCUUGUGAAUAACUGGAAAGAAGAGUUCGCCAAGUGGGCGCCAGGAAUCCGGGUGAAGGUUUUUCACGGGACGAGCAAGAAAGAACGCAGCCAACAUUUGCACCGAAUCCAAACUGCAAAGGGGGUCCUUUUGACCUCCUACCAGAUGAUCCUGGCUAACUGGGAACAGCUGUCCAGCUGCGACCAGCAAACCUUCAUCUGGGACUACCUGAUUUUAGACGAAGCUCAUAAAAUUAAGAGCCCCUCGGCUAAAACCACGAAAGCCCUCUACACCAUCCCGGCUAAGUACCGCGUCCUUCUCACGGGGACUCCCGUGCAGAAUAAUCUGCAGGAACUGUGGUCCCUGUUCGAUUUUGCCUGUCAGGGCAGCCUCCUCGGCACAGCCAAAACCUUCAAGAUGGAGUACGAGAACCCGAUCACCAGGGCGAGGGAGAAAGACGCGACCUUAGGGGAGAAAGCCCUGGGACUCAAGAUCGCGGAGAACUUGAUGUCCCUCAUACAGCCUCAUUUCUUGAGGAGAAGUAAGGAUGAAAUCCAGAAGCUGAGAUUGGACCAACCGAUGGGUUCACCCGGUCCUAAUACACUAGAAGUCCCUUCUCUUCCAAGAAAAAACGAUUUUAUCGUCUGGGUUUACUUAUCGCCCGUCCAGGAAGACAUUUACAGGAACUUCCUUUCCUUGGAUCACAUUAAAGAACUUUUGAUGACUACUCGUUCUCCUUUGGCAGAGCUGACCAUCCUGAAGAAGCUCUGCGAUCAUCCGCGGCUGUUGUCUUCUCAAGCUUGUCUCCAGCUUGGUUUGGAAACCUCAAGUCAAGAGGAUGAAGAUCCGGUGGGUCUGAUGGAGGAGAUCCAAAACGUAUCUGAGAAGGUUCUGAUUCAAGAAUCCGGGAAGUUGACGUUCCUCAUCGCCUUGUUGGCGAAGCUCCGGGAAGAAGGCCACCAAACGCUGGUCUUCUCCUUGUCGAGGAAAAUGUUGGACAUCAUAGAAUGCAUUCUGACUCAACGGCGCAUCAAGCUCAUGCGCAUUGAUGGCACCGUGACGUGUUUGUUGGAGCGCGAGAAGAGGGUGAAGGACUUCCAGACGGACAGAAGCUACUCGGUCUUUCUCCUGACCACUCAAGUCGGGGGCGUGGGCCUCACUUUAACGGCCGCCACCCGAGUGGUGAUCUUUGAUCCGAGUUGGAAUCCGGCCACGGACAUGCAAGCUGUAGACCGCGUUUAUAGGAUCGGGCAAAAGGAGAACGUGGUGAUCUACCGGCUGAUCACGUGUGGGACGGUUGAAGAGAAAAUCUACCGGCGUCAGGUCUUCAAGGACUCGUUAAUAAGGCAAAGCACGGGAGAUAAGAAGAACCCGUAUCGCUAUUUUACCAAGCAGGAAUUGAGAGAGCUCUUUGUUUUGACCGACACGAGAAGGUCGUUGACUCAACUUCAACUGCAGUCCUUGCACGGAACUCAGAGGAACACAGAUGCUACCUUAGAUGAACACAUUGCCUAUCUUCACUCCUUGGAGAUGUUCGGUAUCUCUGAUCACGAUCUGAUGUAUACGUCUGAAACAAGUCACGAGGAAGCUGACGAUGAUGAGGCCCACCAGUACAUUCAGGACCGUGUCCAUAAGGCUCAGGAGAUGGUCCAGUUAGAAUCCCAACUCAUGGACUCUAAGAAAAGGACAACACACUUCACAUGAUUCAGUCUGGAGUUAAAGCCAGCUUUCCUGAAUCUUCAAGAAAAUGAAUCUGGAAUUGAAGCCAUUCCCAUGAUCUUCUCUUAGACUUUUCCUGUAAUUUUUUUUCUUCUCGUGAACUUGAUUGUCCAGCUGAACCUAAAAUGUUCUCCAUCACCUUCAGGAACCAACCUCUUUCUCCAUCAACUGAUGUUCUCCUCUGCCAAUCUUGGGUUGAUCAACUUCCAGAAAGAAGCAAUUGAAGAUGUAUCGUCCACUCAUCCACCAAUGUUUUUCUGUGCCAAUCUUGGAUCGGUCAGCUUCUAGAAACAAGUAACUGAAGAUGUAUUGUCCACUCGACAACUGAUGUUCUCCUCUGCCACUCUUGAAUUGAUCAACUUCCAGAAAGAAGCAAUUGAAGAUGUAUCAUCCACUCAUCCACCGAUGUUUUUCUGUGCCAAUCUUGGAUCGGUCAGCUUCUAGAAACAAGUAACUGAAGAUGUAUGGUCCACUCGACAGCUGAUGUUCUCCUCUGCCAAUCUUGAGUUGAUCAACUUCCAGAAAGAAGCAACUGAAGAUGUAUUGUCCACUCAUCAACUGAUGUUCUCCUCUGCCAAUCUUGAUCAACUUCCAGAAAGAAACAACUGAAGAUGUACGGUCUACUCGUCCACUGACUUUCUUCUCUACAGAUCCUAGGUUGGUCAGCUUCCAGAAACAAACAACUGAAGAUGAAGUCCAUUAUCCAUCAUGACUUGGAAGCUGCUAGUUUUCUGCUGAUUUUAUGGAGGCCCAUCAUGGCGGUAUCAGCUCCACAUGAGUGAAGGCUGCAGGUCUUGUUGACCCAAAAGCUACAAACUUGCUGGAACACCCAACAAACUUCAAGGAAGAGGCUAAAACUGGCUAAAUAUGUUCAUAUUUCCUGCCUUUAUUCCAAGGAUAAUAAGGACUUGUAAGAGCCGGUUUUCCCUAUGAGUAAUGGAGACUGUAAAAUUUCAAAACCGCCUCCUUGAGGAAAUAGAUUAGGUGGUAAACAAACCGGAUGUGUUCUGUUAAAAAUUAAAUAUGUGCGUAUCAAAGUUGCAUGUUUUCCAAUGCUAAUAAAAUGUAUUUUUCUAUUUAUCAAGCCACUCUUCGCUUUACUACCCCUAGUAAAUGCUGAGAGUUGUAAUGUUGCCUACCAGGCUGGAGAAAGGUGAGCUGCCUCAGGCCUGCUUGACUUGGGAUCUGUUCUAGAUUCCUUUUCAAUGAUUUUAAAUGUGGCCCAAAUGCAUCUUUUUGAGUCUUGCGUAGUAAAACCUCCAUAGAGGGAGGCAGGAUAUCUGAGUAACAUGGUGGAA